AAAUAGUCGGCGCAUGUAUACAAAUGAAAAUGAUAAGAUCAUAGUGUUAGAGAAUUGAAUGUUUAAACAUAAAGAGGUUAGUUAUGAUGGCAUAUUAUAAACAGAGUUCCUGACUAAAUACUUGGGAUCAUUCUUGUUCAACAGAGGCUCUAAAGUGUAAUUAUGGCAUCGAUUUCACAACUUACGGAGGAAGAGGGAAACUUCACUCGAUUUUUCUUGCUCAAUUUUAAAGUAUCACCUGAGAUUGCAAGGAGAUUCUUUGACGGAGUAUUUCCACCAACACAUUUAGCUCAAAUCAUCAACAAUAGUAUGAGUGUCAUCAUGAAGUUGAACAAAUCCAAAAGAAUAAAUGCAGCCCAAUUAGAAAUACUAAGAGGUGUCCCUGGAACGGUAUGGCCUUCAUAUCUCCCUCCGAUGACCGGAACAACACCAACCUGUUCCAAGGACUUUGAUCUGACAAUGAUGAUAUGUCUGUUACGUAAUAUCGGAGGUUUAGCUAAACCCAUCAAUGGAUGGGAUCAACUUCCGCCUCCGAAUGAUACGUUGCCGGGAGCGCAUUUUGCAACGCUGAAGUGGUACAGAAAUCAGUUGGCACACACAACAGUUUCCUCUAUGGAUAACAAUGCAUUCGCACUCAAAUGGACUCAAGUUGAUCAUGCACUGACAUCUUUAAAUAAUGGUCAAAGACCACAACAGGUCACUGAAAUCUUGAACUACGAUCUUGAUGGAGAGCAGGCAAAACUAUUAGCCAAAGAAGAACUUAACCAACUGACAAAAGAUUAUCUGGAUUGUGAAAAAGAAAAAGAACAGAUAGAAAUUGAUUUCACUAAUUACAAGGAGGAAAAUCUUCCAAAAAACAUUAAAGAAGUAAACGCUGCUUUCGUUGAAACAUGGAUAACAGAAGACGAAAGUUUUUGUGAGACAAUGGGAUCAGAACUUGUUUAUGACAAAGUAAAGGAAUGUAGCUGUAUUGUUGUAACAUCAAAUUCAGGAUCAGGAAAGACGGCCACCAUCCGACAUAUCGCAUUAAAAUUUAAACUGGAAGGAUUUGAAAUUGUCCCCGUAGAGUCCCCACAUGAUAUAAUCAAAUACAAAACAAAUAAAACACAAAUAUUUCUUAUUGAUGAUGUCCUUGGUAAAUACGAUUUAAGUCCGACCAUGUUGGGUGAAUGGGAAAAAAUAAACGAAACGUUAAUUAACUGUAUCAACACGAGAUUAGGUUCAACAAAAUUAUUGUGUACACUGAGAUUACAAAUAGCACUCCAAAAAAGAUUUAAAAAUGCAUCCACAAUUUUAAACAAAGUAGUCAUAAAUUUAGAGCACGCGUCUUAUGCUCUUUCAAUAGAGGAAAAGCAGAAUAUACUAAUGAAACAUCUAAGGAGAAGUAAUCUAGAAAACGAAAUUAAAACAAAGGAGAUUGAAAUAAUGUGUGAAGCGAACUAUGCAUUUCCUCUUCUAUGCAAAUUGGUGUCAAAUAAUGAUGAAAGAUUCAAAGAAAGAAUCAUAUUUUUUAGGCAACCAUUAUCACUUUUAAAAGAAGAACUUGAUAAAAUGAGUAAUGACAAUAAAAAGUUAUAUUGCAUUUUGAUAUUAUGUUUGUUGUUUGAUGGUUUAUUAAGUAGAAGUGUGUUUGACAUUGACCAAACUGAAUCUGAUAAGAAAAUAUACAAAAUAAUGAAAACAUGCGGACUACAGAGCGACAUAUCUAAGAAAGCACUUGAGGAAAGCGCUUAUUCAGCUGUAGGAUCUUAUUUCACAAAGGACAGUUACAAUUUCCGGUUUAUUCACGAUGCUCUUGAAGAGACUGUGGGUUGUCAUUUCUGUACUUUGAAUCCCGAAGAAAUGUUUUCAGAAUGUAAUAUCUUAUUUAUUAGAGAUCGAGUAAGAGUUCAGUUACAUACAAAUGCUGAUGAAAACACUGUGGUUUUACGGGAGGAUGAACUAAAUGAGAUUCGUCUUAGACCGUUAUAUCAUAGAUUUUUGACCGAAUUAAAAUCUGGAAGAUUUUCUAAUUUGUUGAUGAGUCAACUUUUUAAUAGUAGAAUCUUUGUUAAUAUAUUUGGAACCCAUUUAAAACCUGAUCAGAGAACUUUUGAUGAACCUUUUUCGAAGUCUAGUUCCGAGUGGCAACGGAGCAUCUUUCAGUCUAUCUUUCAAAAACAAUCGAAAGAUGAAUUCAAAGAUAACAGAGACGCCAUUAAUCGAGUUAUGGAGGCUAAAUGUAAAAGAAGUACAAUCAUGCACUGGAUUGUGGCCUUCGGCUGUUAUGAAUUCUUUCGAUAUGCUUGGAGCGUGUUGACACCUUCAAAACGUAAAGAGAUUCUAGGUAGAGACUAUAAAUCAAAACCCUUAUCAAAGUCAUUCUUUCCUUUAGCAGUUCUUGGUGGAAGCUUAGAUAUUGUAAAAGAAUUAAUUGAUACUGGAGCAGAUGUUAACUGCUUUUCAGAAUUUUUUGAAACUCCUUUAUAUAUCGCAGUUAAGUCAGGAAGCUGUGAUAUGGUACACCUACUUUUAAAAAAAGGAGCUCAUAUAAAUCUACGAUUAUGGUUUGACAUGAAGGUUCCUAUUUUAGUCAUUUCAAACAACAACCAAUUAACCAGUUUGAUUCUAAAAUACGAUUUAAACCAGACCAAACUUCACAAAGCAGUCCGAAAUAACGAUCUACAUAUUUUGAGAUCAAAUAUAUCAUGCAAGAUUAUUGAUUCUAAAACAAACAGCGGAUGGACAAUCCUACACUAUGCUGUAUUAUCAAAUAAUAUAGAAGCUGUAAAGAUUUUAUUCCAAGAAGAAUUGUAUCAAAACGAUGAUUUGGUUUUGCGUAGAAAGCCGACACCAAAAGUAAGCAUAGCUGACAAUAACGGGCUUAACGCAGUUCAUCUAGCAGUUAUAACUAAUAAUAUUGAAAUACUUUCAAUUCUGCUUCGUAAAAGAGUUGAUGUUCAUGCUCGUGAUGAUUUUGACAGAACCCCUUUACAUUACACAACUAGUAAAAUUGCUAUAGAAUUAUUGCUAACUCAUAGCUUUCAAAACCAGUGUUUUGCGACUAAGCUUAAUGCAAAUGACUUUAGGGUGUAUGAAAUACCACGUAUAUCUGUUUUCAAGACCACAUGGUUAAACAUAAUUGUACACACUUCUUUUAGAAAGUUUUGUCGAGAUUUUAUUAAUAUGCCUGACAGUGAGGGAAACACACCUUUGCAUUCGGUUAUAACAAGGUGCAUUUUAAAACAGCAAAGCAGUGAUUGUAUACAAACAUUAUUAGAGAAUGGGGCCAAUCCUUGUUUGUUCAAUGACAUGGGCAUUUCAGCAUUAGAGCUAAUUGGAAGCUACAGUGGUACAGACGAAUACAUCAAUAACAGUGCAAAAUUUAUACAAUUACUCAAGAAGACUCAUAUUAUAUUCGCUUUUUUCAUGUUCGUCCUUAUUACAUUCGCUAUAUGCCUACUAAAGAGUAUUCCAUACAUACUUCAUACGGAAAGUCAAAAUGCGAGUUAUUGCAAUGAACUUGAUACACAAUCGGAUAAUAUUAUCUUAUUACAGUUGACGAGAAGCCGUUACAUUAUAUUACUGGUUAUUGUACCUUUUUUGUUAUUUUCGUCAAUAAUGUAUGACAAUAGGUGUUCAAUUCACAUGCGAUGGUUUUUACUUUUGUUAUUGGUAGCAUGUGGUUCUUUUGUAUUAUUUGGUGCAUAUGUGUACAUUCAAUUCGUAUAUAGCAGCAUCUUUAAAAUAACUGUAUUUGUUAUUUUAUGUAUGUUGAGUAUAAAGAUAAUGGGAGUUUUAACAUAUAUUUUAUUCAAGAUAUUUAAGGAUAGGAAAGUACUAAAUAUAAAGUUCUCAAUGUUGUACGAAUGUUGUAUAGUGUAUAUUUUAACGUUUUCUUUUUUUACAAUUGUCCAAAUUAUUUAUAUUGGUGAAUCAGAAUUUUAUACACUGCCCGAUAUAAAUACAAUGAAACUAACAGCUUUAAAUUGUACAGAGCUUAUUCCUAACAAUAUAUCAUGUUCUGCCUAUAAUAUCACUUACACAAUGGGUGUAGAUUUUUUUGUACAGUGUCGUAAUGACCUAAAUUUUACAAGUUAUAAUGGUACAUUUAUAGUAGCUUCAGAAGUUAUACACUGGUCAGUAAUGGUCUGCAUAGAUUUAAUUUGGUUACAUGUUAUAUGUAUCUAUUUUGUUUUCUACUGUUUAUCAGUAUUUGCUAGGAAGGUAACAACACUAUCUAAGUAUUAUGGAAAUACACCAAAACUAAAGUUGUAUCCUUAUCCGGAAAUAUUUUUGUUUUUCUAUGUAAUCAUCCUUGCAUCAGUACAUCUAAUAUAAUCGAACAAAAAAUCAAAACUUAAAAUUUGGAAACCAAAAAUUUAUAAUAACCGACACAUAUUAAAGAGCUAUCCAAAAAGGUUCCAAAACCAAAUAGUCAAAUCCAUCUAAGGUUGAUCUUACUCAGGUAGUUGAAACCUCUAUUUCAAAGUUAAUGAAGAACAAUUUUUAGAAAUAUAUGUUAUCAACCAUGUGAUUCUAUGCUCACCGACAUGUGUUUUGUUGUAAAACAUUCUCAGAAAUCUGCUGGUUAGACUUCUCCGAGUGAUAUAUACUCGAGGGUAAAUACGUUCGACACGUUUUUGUCUAGUUUACGCUGAGUGCAAAGAACGUACAGUCCGGCGGCUACGGCGUAAAUUAUUUGUCAUAACCGUUAUA